AUGAUUUACGCCACGCGUCGAUGUUUGGUCCGCUUCCAGCCGCACGCGAUGGCCAUCCAGACGCGGUUUAAAUGGCGACACAAGGAGACGGACCGCUGGCGGCGCCUCAUGGAUGCGUCCUGCUUCGUGCUCGACUGGAUGGGCCAGACACGGGGGCCGAACUUCUCGCAGUACAGUGGACACUGGACGCACAUCGUGACCUGCGCGCACGUCGUGUGCCCGUGGGAUUACCCUAACUACUACCCCACAGAGGGCCCCACCCGCUUCGUCUCCCGCAUCACCCUCGCGGACACGAUGACACAGGUGCGGCUCGUCUCACUCCAGGGCACCGCCGUGCAUAAGCACUUCACCUCCAAUCAACACGUCUACGUCCACAACAACCCGCGACUGGAUUUGUGCGUGGUCCACCCCGAGCAGAACCUGAAGCGGAGUGGGGAGAUGAAGAUGCUUUGGAUGCAAAACGAGGGCCUCAUCAUGCGUCCCCGGUUAGAGAUCCUGGAAAAGCUUCAGGUUGGGGAUCACGUGUGGGUGUACGGGAUGUCCGCACAUGAGUCGCUCUUUGACGAGGAGAAGGCGCCGGAGCCACUGAUGAUCCCGACCGGGAUACGUGCGCGUGUGCAUGCCGUCACCCGGGAGCACUUCUUCAUCGACACCACCUCUAUCGAGGGUGAAGAACGAGGUCGGGUUCAGAUGGGAAUGUGCGGCUCCGUCGUUAUGCGAAACGGCAAGUGUGUCGGUAUGCUAACGGCUACGGUGCACGAAGAGAGUAAUUGUAAGGAGCUUGCGGGCACCGCGAUGUGCACGUAUUCAAGCGAUAUCUUCGAAUUCCUCCUAGAGGUCGAAAAACAGAUGAAGAGUCCCCCACCUCGGCAGGUUCCGGAAGAGACAGUAUUCGAGGCGCGUCGUCGUGAAGAGGGAAAGGAGCCUGAAGAGAAUAAGGAUUGGGAUCUAGACCACUCCCGCAUAGCAAGGCACAUUCCGGUUCCCAUCUCACUUUGGCAUAUGGAUGAGAAGUGGAUGACAGAGGAGGAUUUUCUGACAACUCAGGUCUUUGGCCGCAGUGGUAUGUUUAACCAGGAGACCCAAGAGACGGCCUUGGGGUAUGACAUGAACACGUCUAAGACUUAUGGUGAUCGUCCGGGUGAUAUCGCCGUUUUUGAUACGAACUCGGCUACAGGAAAGCCGGAGGUAUCUGGUGAACGAAAGGACUGCAGCCCAACAGGCAUCUAUGCGGAUCACGAGGACUUCAAGACACGUGAUGUGUGGGAUACCGAUUUGAACUCUGAAGUGCGUUCGCUUUUUGAUAAGGCGAUCGGUGAAAAGGACGCCGAAAGCCUCAACAUGUUUCGUAAGUCACUUGAAAACAUUAAGUUACGACGCGCGAUGGAAAAGAUGAAGGAUACUGCAAUGAAGUAUCCCGGCAGACAGGGUGGAAAAGCCCCGGAAGGCGGCUUUGGCUCUAUGGGCCACUUCAACGGUGACGCUGAUUUUGGGGCCGGGAAUUUUAACCCGGAGUAUUACACCAGUGCAGAUGGGGGAGAGCACUGCGCAAAGGGCACUGGGCGAGCCGAGGCACCCCCUGGUGUUUCUGAAGCUGAUGGCACCAUCCGACAGGAAAGACCUGAGACCCCUAUGGAGAAAAGGAAGCGUGAAAGGCGUGAACAAGAGGCAAAGCAUUAUGAGGAUCUUCGACGUCGGCACGGCAGUAAAGUGACGCCUUUUCUUGACAAUGAUCUUUCUGAUAUCUGGAAAUAG